UGCAACUGACUCGCGCACAGUUAACAGUAUCGUAUACAUGAUAUCCAUGGGCGCCUCCCCAAUAUUGGGGGCACUGAUGGGCCGGUUGGGUCGCAACUUGAUAUUCGUAUUGAUUGCAGUGCUUAUUACUAUGGGCGCCCACGCUCUCAUGGCGUUUACAUUCCUGACCCCUUGGGUGGGCAUGAGUUGCAUGGGUAUCGGAUAUUCCCUACUGGCCUGCACUGUAUGGGCUAUGGUAUCGCUGGUGGUACCGGAGCGCACACUGGGAACCGCGUACGGGCUCACCCAAGCCCUACAGAAUUUAGGUCUGGGUAUCAUUCCGUUAGCCGUGGGACCUAUCAUUGAAAAUAAGGGCUAUAUUUGUCUAGAAAUCCUAUUUUUGGCCUUAUUAUGCGUGACUAUCAUAUGCAUUAUGAUCCUGUUCGUUUUGGACGAGAAUAGGGGCGGUUACCUGAAUAUGACUCCCAGCGAAAGGGUGGCAUUUGAUGAGAAAAAGACAAAUAUCAAGAGUAAUGAUUUGCAAAACUUGGAUAAUAUGGGUGUUGAUGGUGUCUAUAGUUCAAAGUCAACUCAACUGUAAUCGUAUUAAUAAUAAGCAUAAGUUAUUAUAGUAGCCAUCAAUUGUUAUAAUAAAUUUUUAAUACAAUCCUAC